AUGGUUCAAAUUCUUUGCUUUGCAGCCAACACUGAUGACGAGCAAGGGUUUGACUGGGUGCCCACUGUGAAUGACGUCCUGCAGCAGAUCUCCAAGAACCGCAGCAAAUGCUUUUCUGAGCUUAUUUUUAGACCAGAAGAAUAUGUAUGUAACUGCUCUGUGGUUGGAAGCCUGGAUGUGAAUCGCUGCAACCAGACCACAGGGCAGUGCGAGUGUCUGCCAGGGUAUCAGGGGGUUCACUGUGAAACCUGCAAGGAGGGCUUUUACCUGAAUCACACUUCUGGGCUCUGUCUGCCAUGUGAAUGUAGCCCACAUGGAGCCCUCAGCAUACUCUGCAACAGUUCUGGGAAAUGCCAGUGUAAAGUGGGUGUCACCGGCUCUGCAUGUGAUCGAUGCCAAGAUGGAUAUUAUGGCUUUAGUAGGAGUGGCUGCUUGCCCUGCCAAUGCAAUAAUCGAUCUACCAGUUGUGAUGCCCUCACAGGUGCUUGUUUAAACUGCCGGGGAAACAGCAAAGGGGACCACUGUGAAGAAUGCAAAGAAGGAUUUUACCAGAGUCCCAAUGCCACUAAAGGAUGUUUUCGCUGCCCUUGUUCAGCAGUGACAUCUACAGGCAGUUGUAUCAUAGAAUUGGGUGAAUUGGAACCUAAAUGUGUCCAGUGUAAAGAGGGUUACACAGGCCAGAACUGCAAUAAAUGUGAAAAUGGCUAUUACAAUUAUGACAGCAUCUGUAUGAAGUGCCAAUGUCAUGGCCACGUGGACCCAAUUAAAACUCCAAAGAUUUGCAAGCCGGAGAAUGGAGAGUGCAUCAACUGCCUCCAUAACACCACUGGGUUUUUGUGUGAGAACUGCCUAGAAGGUUAUGUUCGAGACCUGGAAGAAAAUUGCAUCAAGAAAGAAGUUAUUGUUCCAACACCUGAAGGUUCUACCAUUUUGGUUUCCAAUGCCUCUUUGACCACAUCAGUGCCCACCCCUGUUAUAAAUAGUACAUUUACCCCCACCACCUUGCAAACUAUCUUUUCAGUAAGCUCUGCUGAAAACAGCACGUCAGCUUUAGCUGAUGUUUCAUGGACCCAAUUUAACAUCAUCAUUUUGACUGUCAUCAUCAUUGUGGUGGUGCUGCUGAUGGGAUUUGUGGGGGCUGUAUAUAUGUACCGGGAGUACCAAAACCGGAAACUCAAUGCCCCCUUUUGGACCAUCGAGCUGAAAGAAGACAAUAUCAGUUUCAGCAGCUACCAUGACAGCAUUCCCAAUGCAGACGUGUCAGGAUUGUUGGAAGAUGAUGGCAAUGAAGUGGCUCCCAAUGGGCAACUGACUCUGACAACAUCCAUGCAUAAUUACAAAGCCUAAGGAGCUUAGACCUGUUCUCCUGAAUUGUUAGACCACAGUGCUCACUAAGACAGCAUCAGCCCCUGGGCAUGACAAAGCCUGGGUAGAGUUUGCUGAGAAAGCAAAGGCAUAUAGUGCAUCGAAGUCUUCAGGUACAAAUUCAUAAUGCACUUAGCCUAUUACUUUUAGUUUACUAUGAAGAUUUGAAGCAGUCACUGUCAAUAAGGACUUGAAGUAAAGUAUAUUUUUGUACAAACCACAUGGGAGUAUAGAAAGGCUGAACCCCAUAGUGCAGCCCUAAUUGCAUUGACCUCCAGAUAGACUCUUGGGGAGUGUUCACUCAACCAGCGGAAACAGGAUGAUGGAUGUGGAGGGGGAGAGGACUACUGGAAGACUUCAUCUCCAUUCCUGAAACACUUUUUUUAAAAGGAGGUUCAGGGACGAUAUUCAUUUACUGUACUAAAAGACAUCAUUGAGGAAAAGCUAAUGUCUGGGCUGUAUCACAAUAAACAAUCUUGAUUGUUUCUAAAAUAGGAGCAGAAAAGUCCCAACAAGGUCUUUAGAAGGGUUUCAUUUUUCCUUCCAGAAUUCUUGCUCAAUGAUAGGAUUAAGGCACAAGAUAAGUUUCUAAUGGUACAGAGAGGAAGGCAAUAUCUGGGAGCAGGGAACUGAUAGUCCUCCUUAAGGUCUCAGUGUAAAUGAUGAAUUAUCUAAAAAUAAGGAAUAUUCCUGCCUCUAGAGAAAUAAGGUGUAUAUAUUUAAUGUAGCAUAUCUGGUCAACAUUGUAUUUGUAUCUAUUUGUAAAAAAAUCAUGUCAUAUUUUAUCAUCUAGAAUGUAUUUGUACAGCAGUUAAUGGCGUUGUAAAAAGAAAAUACGGGGAUUGGUUAAAAUAAUGUAAAAUAGAUGGCAAUAUUGCUAGAGCUGGGACUCUGGUGAGCAUCAGUCAUUCUUAUUCCCUCUAUGGACAUCGUUGAAAUUUAUAAAAGGUUGAAUGUUUCUAAUCUUUCUUUCCCUUUCUCACUCUAAACAUAGAAUUAUGUGUUCUUUGACUUACAGAUUCAAGCAAUAGAUUUUGAAGUCAGUGAUUGUUAGCUGGAACACAGGCUGUACUCUCCAAGCUACACACCUAAUUAGACAUUAGCCACUCUAUAUUUUAUAUAGAUUAAUGUGGAACGUAGCCUCAUUAAAAUGCUUUUUAAUGUAAAAUAUAGUUUUCCAAAGGAAUUAUAAAUAUUUUAGUUCCAAAAGAAAAGCCAUCGUAUUACUUGGCGUUCCAUUUUCAUGCCUGUGAAAUAUUUAUAUUUAUCUUCCCCAGCUCAAAAAAAAAUCUCCUACAUUUGAACAUAGCCUGUCACUCAUAUACCAUGAGGAAUGUACCAUCUCUCUGCAGGGCUACAAUUCUAUCUUCUUGUCUAGGUGAGGGUAGUACUGUAGUUGAGUAGAUAUGGUUAGUCCUUGUUUUUAGGGGCAGUUUUUUUCCAGAGGCCAUCACUGUUGCUCUCAUCUGUUAAGAUAUAGGCAGAUUGUGGAUUAAAGUUAGAAAAAGCAGGCAGAAGAUAACUAUAGAUAUUUAUUAAGCAGAACAGAAAAUUGUCCAAGUGGUUAAAAAAGAGUAAAGACUUAUUAGACUUAGGAAAUCUAAGUUGACAACUUUGCCAGCUUCCCCAGAGGAAAACCUGGAAUUUGGCCAUCCCUCUGUAGGACACCACUGAGUAGUUCUCAGGGUUUGGAGAUGAUGCUUCGGAGGAUGUAAAGGCAGAUAAUCUACUUCUGGUAACUUGAGGUGCUCUGGAUAUUUGGCCAUUGCUCAUGAGAGUAGAGAUUAUGUUAUGUUACAUUACAUUAAAAUAAGUUAUUUCUAUAGCCCUUUGCCAUUUGCAAAGCAUCUUUGCAUAUGUGUUUCUUUUGUUGUUCAAAAUAGCCCCCUGAGGAAGUAAUUGCUGUCCCCAUUUUAUAGAUGAGGUUAAAUGUCUUGUUCGAGGCUACACACUAUUAUGCUUGGAAUUAGGACUCCUAAAUUUGAAGCACAUAUUCUUUCAACUACAUGCUGAUGCAGAAAUUGCCUAACCACAGACACAAGAAGGCUGGAAAGAAGAGUCCCAUCUGUGAAUGUUUCUAAUUUUUUAAGUACAAGGUGCCAUCCAGGGCCAUACACCUAUGAAGGACUUUGUGGAAAGAACACAGGAAGAUUACUAUCUGAAGCUAGUAUUGGUGAGAAGAAAAUAAAAAUACCUGUUUGUGCUUCAUUAAAGUGAAUUAAUCCUUCCAAACGGGGAGCGAAAACCUGCAUUCCCAAGCAGUUGCCACACAAUGUGUGUAUAGACUGUGCACUGCACAUUUGAAGGAAUUUUGCAAAGUGCAUACCUACCUGCCUUUCCCUGGAUUACCACCCCUCAAAGCCAGGGAUUAAUGAUGGUGAGAAAUAAACAUUUGAGAAACAGAAGUUAACCCAAUAGAGAAAGGAGUGUUUAUUGGGGUAUGAACCAAAGGCAAACAGUCCAGAUUCUGGCCAUGUAGAGAUUCCUUGAAACAGACCUUAGAAGGAAUUGCAAAAACAAAUCACAAAGAAUGUUUACCUUUAAAACUUAUGAACAGUCCUAGAUCAUGUUUUUAAUGUUUCCCAAUGGAAUAAAAUGAAGGACUUAAACAUUUUUAAGUAAUAUUUCAUGUCCCCUCUUUUUUCUGGUGGAAAUAAUUUUGCUUUAAAAUUUAAGUCAAUCAUGAAGUGAUCUACCACCAAAAUCAGACUAGAAAACUAGCAUGGAAUGCAUUACACAAUAUUCAUUUCUCUAAAGGCAUGAUCCAUCCUUUGAACUAUGGCAUUCAGCACGAGGAUACCAUCAGUCCUUUAGAAAGACUAGUACCAGAAGAGUUUUUGUCUAGAGAUUAGAAAUGUGUUUAUUUUCAAAUAAGGCUAGUUGAAUCUUAUGGAUAAAUAACAGAUACUGCUAUUGAGUAAUGCUUUUAUCUUCAUUAAUUCAUUUUAACAAGCACUUCAACAUUUCUGACAGUUAGAUGCUCUAAGUGUUGUUAAGUAUGUUUGUCCUCCCUUAUUCCCUCCCCUCCCUCACCUCUAUCCUCUAGCUCCCAGAGGUCUUUUGUUGAGAAUUUCUCCAGUUAUAGAGAAAAAUGAUAAUAAAAACUAAACCUCAUUUAUACUAAGGUCCUAUGGACUUAAUGUGUUACUCUUAGGGAUACCUGAAUUUUAAGAGAGGAUAAAAGAGUAGACAUGGAAUGGGAGAUUUGGGGGGAAGAGGAUUUAUAAAAGCAUCAAAUUAUAUGACUACUUUCUAGCCCAAUGUUCCCAAGAAUAUUGACCAUUAAAGCAACACUCACUGACCCCGGUUUCAUUUUGGUCAGAUGAGUUGGUUAUUUUGGAGGCAGAAAGUUACUUCCUCCUGACAACAGUACUUCCUCCUGACAGCCUCAAUUGGGAUUGGGUUAUUAGAUUAUUUACCUUGGUCCUAUACUUUUUUGUAGGACAUGUGGGGAACAUAACGCCACUUGUAAUGAACAUUCCCUGGUUCAUACAUUUUGAAGUAUAUGGAUAGGAGUUGAAUUUACGCAUCUCAAGGAAAGCUCUCUGACAAAAGUUCAGAGAAGUAAAAAGCAACCCAAUGUAACCUGUUAGAGUAAGGAAAGCAUUUCUGGCCUCAUCCAUGAAGAAGCUUGGGUCUGUUAUGAUCUUGAUAGUAAGGAGUUUGGGAGCUAAAAUGAGUUUGGUGUGUGCAGGGGAGUAAUAAUGGAAGAUGAAUGCAAGUUUUCUCUUUAACCCUGAGCCGUGACUAUGCCAAGGGGAAAAGCAGGAAGAACAUGCUGAUUCAUCUGAAGAAGUCAAAUAUCAAAUGGACUACGGGUUAUGGAUCAUUAAAAUGUCAGUGGCUGAAUGAUGCUUUUUCAAAAGCAUUUGGGAAUCUGUCCUACGUGCAGUAACUGCGACAGCAGCCCUGGAAUGUGAGCCCAGGGCUCCAGAUUUAAGUUAAUGCAAAAACUAAACGAUUUAAAGUUAAAUUUUAAUGCUAGGCACAAGCACUCUGUAAUACAUUAAAUUUCAGCCCAAGCAAUUAGGGAAUGUUUCUGAAACAUUAAACUUGUAUUUAUGUCACUAAAAUUCUAACACAAAUUUUAAAAAUGUGUUCUCAUACUUAUGUUGUACUAGGCUUCAUGAUGCAUUUCUAAAUUUGUGUAUGAUUUGAAUAUAUAAAAGAAUUUAUACAAGAGUGUUAUUUAAAAUUAUUAAAAAAUAAAUGUAUAUAAUUUGUACCUA